ACGUGACUAGAUCUUUUAACGCCCUCUCUUUCAGUUGUCCUCACUCUCGUGCUGUUAUCUCCAAAGACAUGGCCGAAACUAAUCCCAGUAGCCCACAUCGAUCCUUCUCUUCUAAUAUAUUCACUAGAGAAAAAACCACAUAUAUCCAGUAUGAAUUGCAUAGAUUAGCAGGAAUUCCUCCUCGAGCUACAUGUCCAUGUUGAUGAUUGAAUGCACAUCCAGUCACCCCUUUUUAGAACCGAGAUCCAGGCUUGCCCUCUUUGAUUGUAAGAGUAAUUUUAGAUGGAGUUCCAAGAAGUCUCAAGUUCAACCUGUUGAUAAACACAAGCAUGACAAUCUUUUUCUUGAUAAGCGUGGGGUAUGGAGAAGCAUUAAUCCCAAAAGGCUUUCAAGGAAAAAGGGUGGUUCUUUAAGGGGACGAGGAUGGAAGUAUGGCUCUGGAUUUAUAGAUGGUGUUUUCCCUGUGAUGAGCCCCACUGCUCAGCAGCUUCUGGACUGCAUACAGAAGGAAACUGAUGCUAACACAAUUUGGGGUUCUCUGGAUAUUCUUCCUCCUACUCACUCCACAUGGGAUGAUCUCAUUAACAUAGUCGUUCAACUUCGCCUCAGUAAACAAUGGGAUCCUAUUGUGUUGGUAUGCGAGUGGAUUUUGCAUAGAAGCUCCUUCCAGGCUGAUGUCAUGUGCUACAAUUUACUCAUAGAUGCUUAUGGGCAGAAAUUCCAAUAUAAGAAGGCAGAAUCUGCUUACUUAGGACUAUUACAAGCCCGAUGUGUUCCUACGGAGGAUACUUAUGCUCUUCUUAUUCGGGCCUACAGCAUAUCUGGGUUUAUAGAGAAGGCUGAGGCUAUCUUUGCUGAGAUGCGAAAAUAUGGUGUUCCUCCAAGUGUUGUUGUAUACAAUGCUUAUAUUGAUGGGUUAAUGAAGGGAAGAAACACUCAAAAGGCACUGGAUAUUUUUGAGAGGAUGAAAAGAGAUAACUGCCAGCCAUCUACGGAAACAUACACAAUGUUGAUUAACUUAUAUGGAAAGGCAAGUAAAUCUCAUAUGGCCCUAAAAAUUUUCCGCGAAAUGAAGAAUCAAAAGUGCAAGCCUAAUAUUUGCACAUACACUGCUCUCAUAAAUGCAUUUGCAAGGGAAGGACUAUGUGAGAAAGCAGAAGAAGUAUUUGAAGAGUUGCAAGAAGUUGGACAUGAGCCUGAUGUGUAUACUUAUAAUGCCCUCAUGGAAGCUUACAGCCGUGCAGGUUUUCCAUAUGGAGCGGCUGAGAUAUUCUCUCUCAUGCAGCACAUGGGAUGUGAACCUGAUAGAGCUUCAUAUAACAUUAUGGUAGAUGCAUAUGGGAGAGCUGGUCUUCAUGAAGAUGCACAGGCCGUAUUUGAAGAACUAAAGCGCCUGGGGAUGACUCCAACAAUGAAAUCCCACAUGCUUCUCUUAUCAGCCUACUCAAAAACUGGCAAUGUGGAAAAAUGUGAGGAAAUUGUAAACCAGAUGCAUAAAUCUGGUCUAAGACCAGACACCUUUGUAUUGAACAGUAUGCUCAACACUUACGGAAGGAUGGGGCAAUUCAAGAAAAUGGAAGAAGUUCUAAGUGCAAUGGAGAACGGCCCAUAUGAAGCUGAUAUCAGCACAUAUAACAUCCUUAUCAAUAUAUAUGGCCGGGCAGGAUUUUUGGACAAAAUGGAGGAUCUGUUCGAAUCACUUCCCUCCAAAAAUUUAAAACCUGAUGUUGUGACAUGGACUUCUAGGAUGGGGGCCUACUCUAGAAAGAAGCUAUACACAAAAUGCAUAAAAAUCUUUGAAGAAAUGAUUGAUUCCGGUUGCUAUCCAGAUGGAGGAACCGCCAAGGUUCUCCUUUCAGCAUGUUCAAGUGAGGACCAGAUUGAACAAGUUACCACUGUAAUCAGAACAAUGCACAAGGAUAUGAGGACAGUGUUGCCUGUUUGAAGAUUCCUGAUUUCUCCUUUAUGAUACUGAAACAGUUGUGAAGGAUCUGAAGUAUUCUGACACCCAUGAAUGGGUCAAAGUUGAUGGUACUUCAGCUACAGUAGGAAUAACUGACCAUGCUC